GCUGAAAUAAUUAAGUUUUUGGAGGGAAGGGAUGCUGAGCUGCAGGCUUCUCGUCAAGCUGGUCUGGUUGAUUUUAUUGCUUCUGCACUUCCCGCAUCUCACACAUCAAAGCCAGAAAGCUGCCAGGUGACAUUGUACCUUCUAAGGCUUCUGAAGGUUGUACUUUCAGCUGCUGCAAACAAGGGUUAUUUUCUUGCUCAGAAUCUACUGCCCCCUAUAAUCCCCAUGUUGGCGGCAGCUCUUGAAAACUACAUCAAAAUUGCAGCCUCAUCAAAUGGCUCUGCUUCUGCCAACCUGGUUAGCUGUAAGACAUCAACUGACAGAUUGGAGUUAAUCUCUGAAAUUCUGGAUGGUUUCCUUUGGACUGCUGCAGCAAUCAUUGGUCAUGCAAGUUCGGAUGAACGUGCCCUUCAACUGCAAGAUGGUUUGAUUGAGCUUGUAAUUGCAUACCAAGUUAUUCACCGGUUACGGGAUCUUUUUGCACUUUAUGAUAGACCACCUGUAGAAGGUUCACCUUUCCCUUCAUCAAUCCUCCUUGGCGUAAAUCUGUUGGCAGUUCUUACAUCCAGAUUCAGAAAUGUGUCUUCAAUAACAUGUAAAAACUUUCCUACUGUAUCAACUCGAAGUAAUGAAAAGAACAACAUCGAACUUGCUGAAGCUGCAGACUUGAAGUCUUCUUCUCCUUUGUGCAAUUCCCAGAAUGAUGGUAAAUUGGUAUUUCCCGCAGUAAAUGGAGGUGUAGCUUCGUCUUUGCCGGAUGUACCGGAGGAUAGGCCCCUGGAUGAAUUUUCUAAAAUAAAAGAAAAUGAGGGCUCAGUUGUAAUUGAUCGGAACUCUGACAAAGUUGACUUACUUGCUGCUAAUACGGAAACUGCAGAUGUAUUGCAGGAAUCUACAACCAUCGUGACAUAUGAUACCCUUCAGAUGGUUGAGAAGAAAUCUCAAGAUAAUAGUAAAGGUCAUAUUAGUGGAAAUGCAUCAGUGUUGAAGCAGGCUGUAAAGUUUCUUCUUUCUGCCAUAUCUGAGACUGGCUUAGUUUGUCUUCCAUCAAUGUUGACAGCCGUUUUAUUGCAGGCUAACAAUAGAUGUUCUGAACAGGCAUCAUUUGUCCUUCCAUCCAAUUUUGAAGAUGUGGCAACUGGUGUACUAAAAGUGUUGAACAAUUUAGCAUUAAUAGACAUAUCUUUUGUCCAGAAGAUGCUCGCCCGACCAGAUCUGAAGAUGGAAUUCUUUCACUUGAUGAGUUUUCUUCUCUCUCAUUGCACGAGCAAAUGGGGCGGAGCAACUGACCAGAUUGGUUUGCUACUGCUGGAAUCAUUGUCGCUUCUUAGUUAUUUUUCAUUGUUCCAUCAUGAAAACCAAGCUGUUCUUCGAUGGGGAAAGAGCCCUACAAUUCUUCACAAGGUAUGCGACCUGCCUUUUGUGUUCUUUAGUGAUCCUGAGUUAAUGCCAGUCUUGGCGGGUACCAUGGUUGCUGCCUGCUUUGGAUGUGAACAGAAUAAGGAUGUCAUUCAGCAAGAACUCAGCCCAGAUAUGCUCCUUGCUUUGCUGAAAGCUUGUAGAAGUAAUCUUCCCUCUCCUGAUUCUUUUGCAGUACCUAAUAAUCCAUCACUAGAUGAGGCUGUUGCAUCUGCUCAGCUGGUUCCUGAAUCUAAAAACCUUCAAGUUGACGUCCCACUGAGAUCAAAUCGUAACAAUCAACGCAAUGCUAGGGUCCUUUCCCAGAGAGGUGGUCCAUUGCCAACUACUAAAACUGGCAGAAUCCGAAGCUUAAGAGACAAUAAAGUGUUGAAGCCUUGUGAAGGUAAGGGUCUGAAGAGCAAUUCAUCUGUGCCUGAGAGUACUGCCGCAUGGAUGUUGCACUCUAGAUUAUCUACUGAUGUACUUGAUAAAGCAGAACAGUUUUUUGCUGCAGUUACCUGCAAUGAGAAUGGAGAAUUAUGAAUUUAUUUACUGUAUAGUAUAUCCAUUCUUUUGAGUGCUUAAUGCCGAAUAACCACGGUAUAUGACACUGUAAUCUUCUUUACAGUGAUAUACUAGUUAUUUGUUCGGAACUGCUCAAGAAAGAUUUAGCCGUUCAAUGCUUAUAAUACUUCAGUGGCAGUUCAAACGUC